AUGCCCAAGUCCCUGGAGAAGACGAGGAAGCGCAUUGCCAAAAAGCGCAAUGGCAACGUCGUUCUUCAUGAGUUCUCCCGCGACACGAAGAAGCUUCAUAAGGCCCAAGUCCGCGACGAGCGCCUUGAGAAGCUUGCUGCCGCCAGGAAGAAGCACGAUCAACCCCUGAUCCACAGGAUCGCUUUUUUUCAGAAGGCUGCCCAGGAGAAUGAGAGCCAACCUUUCGAUCUGGCCAAGAUACAGGAUCUCAUCAACCAAUAUGUGCAUCAGAAUGAUCAAGAGCUCGAGGAACUCAAGAAAUCGCGCCGCCCAGGCAGGCCGGCAAGCGUCAAAGAAGACCUUCUGAGCUUGAAGGUCGAUACUCUGCGCAAGGAGCAGCAGAACGGGUUUUUCCUCCCAGAUCUUAGAAAGCAAAACAAUCUUGAUCUGCUCAACAGAUGGGAAGGGGCAUGGUCUUUCCUGGCCGCCAUGUCAUACGUUCGUAUAACCGAGGCUGGCAAUCUCAAGCCAUCCAGCUUUCCACCUAGCAGCCAGUGA